AUGGGAGCUAACACCAUCAUCAUCAUAUGCAUCAUCAUCAUCAUAUUCAGCUCCACAACAAGGCCAUGGCCUUGUGUCCAUGGAUCAGACAUAAAGGAGAAUGACUCCCUGGACAACUACCUUUACCAAUAUGCCCUCAACAACAUCCAAAAUCCCCACACAGGCACCGUCUACAACGUCCCCCUUCCCGCCAACCUGUCAGGGGCAGAACUGUCAUUCAUUCGCCUCCGGACCAGAAGCCUCCUCAGGAACGGAGCCAACCACACCCCAUACUUCACACUGCCACCUGGCACAAUCCCAGUGCCCUACACUAAGCGGCUCGACAUCGUUUACCAAAACCUCGGCAACUGGUCCUCGUCGUACUACUACGUACCCUACCACACCCUCGUCACGCCCGUGACCGGCUUCCUGGCCUACGACUCGAACGUGAGCUCGACAAACUACGGCCCCCUCGACUUCAUCCUGUUCUGGAAAGACCCGAUCGUCGCCCGCUUUCCGAAUCUUUCUAAAAGCGGAAACGAAGCCAGGUGCGUUAGGUUCGAUGCUGACGGGUCGACCGAAUUUAGCAAUGUGACCGAGGGAAAUUCGUGCGCGGUUAGCAAACAGGGCCAUUUCGCGGUUGUUGUCCCGAAGAGGCAAUACAAAGAGAGGGCUAACACGCGGGUUAUUGAGGUUGUGGGGAGUGUGGUUGGCUUGUUGGCCUUGGUUAUGAUUGUGGUGGGUGGGGUUGUGGGGUAUGACAAGUGGGUUAGAAAGAGAAGGAUGGCUAAAAUGGAUGGUUUGUCUGAGGUUAAUGUGGCUUUGGAUACUAUUUGGAUUGGGAGGAGUCGAAUGCCGUAUGCUGCAGCAGCCGGUAGGACGUUUCCGGUUAUUCAGAAUAGAUAUGUGCGUUGA